AAAGGGACAAAAACAUACUGAUGAUUUCAUCACAAAAAUUAAAAAUAGCAGAUUAGCAGCACCCUCUUCUGCUUCCCUCCUCAAGUCUCAGCCAAUCCCAGAGAGUGGAGGAGAGAGAUUACAGAUUAGUGAUUACACUAAUCAACAUCAACAAAAAGGUAUAUAAAUAUAAUAGGGCGGAAGAAAUUGGGGUAAGGGAAAAAGAAAAGAGAAAGAAAAGCAAAAAUGGAGGUAGGGUUUUUGGGUCUGGGAAUAAUGGGGAAAGCUAUGGCUAUGAAUCUGCUACGCAAUGGUUUCAAGGUUACUGUUUGGAAUAGGACUCUUUCCAAGUGUGAUGAGCUUGUGGAACAUGGAGCUACUGUUGGAGAAACGCCUGCAGCUGUGGUCAGGAAGUGCAAGUAUACAAUUGCAAUGUUGUCUGAUCCCUCAGCUGCUAUUUCGGUUGCCUUUGAGAAAGACGGGGUCCUUGAGGAAAUCUGCAAUGGAAAAUGUUAUAUAGAUAUGUCAACUGUAGAUGCAGAAACAUCCGUAAAGAUCAGCGAGGGAGUAACAUCCAAGGGUGGGAGAUUUCUGGAAGGUCCAGUUUCUGGUAGCAAAAAGCCUGCAGAAGAUGGUCAAUUAAUUAUUCUUGCUGCAGGAGAGAAGGGACUAUAUGAUGAGGCAAUUCCAAUUUUUGAUGUGCUGGGAAAGAAGUCGUUCUUCUUGGGGCAGAUUGGAAACGGGGCUAAAAUGAAGCUUGUUGUCAACAUGAUAAUGGGCAGUAUGAUGAAUGCAUUUUCGGAAGGGCUGGAUUUGGCUGACAGUAGUGGACUAGAUCCUCGUACUCUUCUUGAUGUGUUGGACUUGGGAGCAAUGGCUAAUCCAAUGUUCAAGAUGAAAGGACCGUCAAUGCUUCAAAGUAAUUACCCCCCGGCAUUUCCUCUAAAGCAUCAACAGAAGGAUAUGAGAUUAGCUCUUGCCCUUGGAGAUGAAAAUGCUGUUUCAAUGCCAGUAGCAGCUGCAGCUAAUGAGGCGUUCAAGAAGGCAAGAAGCAUGGGGCUUGGAGAUCAGGACUUUUCAGCUGUGCAUGAAGCAAUUAAGGGUCCUAAACAUCCUUAAAUAUGAAUGAAGAAGAUCAGAUAAUAAGAAUGGAGGAAAAUAGGGUAGCGAGACCGGUCAAGAUCUUCUAUAUUCAUAAAUAGCACACAUUGUAGUAACGGUUGGGUAACAAAUUCUUGUGUCAUGUUAUGAUUGUUGGCAUACCUUACUGCAGAAAUAUGUUAAUGUUCUGGAGUUUAAACUCAAUGCCUAUGCUUGCAACUUACAACAGCUGAAAUGUGUUCAGUAGUGAAUUCAGCAAUAAAAUAGGUGUUUGCCAUUUUCACUUUGAUA